AUGAGCGCGGCGGUAACCGCGGGGCUGAGGGAGAACGGGAAGGGUUUUAACAAUAAUCUUCUUUCCUACAGAGCAGCAACACCCAGAGAAAGUUGUCUGUGUGCUGCAGGUGAUGCACUUGUGAGUUACCAAAGACACUACAGAUCCCGUCCUACACAUGGCAUUGGGAAGUAUAAAUAUCUGCUCCCAAAGGAGGUUCCAAAGCGAAAAAGGGAUAGAGUACAGAUGAAAGAGAUAAAUGUUGGGACUGAACAUGAGUACGGAGAUAUUAACAUCCAGAUGACUUCCUAUGAUAUGUGUCUCGUGGAGCACUUUGCUCGAUAUGUGCAUAAACUCUGCAACCAUUUGUCCAUUAGAGUGAUUGAAAGCUACGCGAUGCCCACCAAAACCAACGAAGUGCUGUUCUUGGAAGAGAGAGGCUCCAAAAUGCAGCUGGAUGCAGUCCUCACGACCCACCAGAGGGUUGUCCAGAUCAGCAGAUUGAGCUCAACGUUUGCUCCAAUAUUCUUGGAAAUUAUUCAGAGUAAUCAGCCUGAAGGGGUCCAUCUGUUAAUGAAAGAGCACACAGAAACUGACUUCAAGAGCCGACUGAAGUCCCGACCAGAACUUGAAGAGCUGCUGGCCCAGUUGAGCUGAGGUGUUGGAGAACACUGUCCAUUUCAGAGCCAUCCCUGGGAAUGUAAGGCUGAUCUUCCUCAGCUGCUCAAGCUUCCAGAAAGUUGACCUUGUGAGCUCUGUACUGACAAUGAGAAAUUUCCAUCGUUAUGAAGCGUCUCAUCUUAAUAAGGACAAAUACAUAUGUUUGUAUCUGA